AUUUUAAUAAUUGAAUUAACAAAUAGAGAGAAGAUUAUGAUGAUGAAGAUGAACAGUUGAGUAGACUAGUAAUUAAUUCCCCCUUUGGUUAGCAUUAGUUUAAUCAAUCAUUUGUUUUGUUUGUUUUGGUUUUCCUCUCUUUCUCCUCGCUCGCUCUCUCUCUCUAAUGCGGAUCUAAUCUGUACAUUUCUGUUUUAUUAUUCACGAACCCUGAAUUCUUAGUGGGAGAGAGUUUAUUAGAGAAUCUUUUAUCUCAUCUGGAUUUGCUGUCUUUGUUGUUCUUGUUUGAAGCUGGGAAUUCACAAGAAGAAGAAGAAAAGAUGCUCAAUAUACUUCUUUCAUGCACCCCCUUACUUCUACCAACUACUGCAGAGAUUUUUAAUAAAUGAUAAAGAGGGCUACCAAGAUUCUAUUUGCAUCUUUGGGUUUAGUGGAGUUAGAUUCUCAGCUGAGCUUUCGUCUUAACUAAAAGAAGAUCAUGAAUCGCCACAGUGUCAUUACUUUAAAUCAAACCGAGUCCCCUAAAGGAAUGGCUUCUCAAGCUUAUUGUAACAUCGCUUCUCCAAUUCCUGAUGUACUAUUCUCUGACUCCGCAAACAAAAUAACUGCAUCCCAUGUUGACUAUUCAUCCACAUUUCCUCUGUUGUAUUCACAAUCAGAAUCAGUCAGUUCCUCAAAAUCCCAGAUGUCGUAUCCAUUCAAAUCAUGUAAGUUAAGUGCCCCACAUCUUGAUCCUGAUAGCUCCAUGUCCUAUGAUUCUCUAUCCCAGUAUCCAAAAAACACAUUCUCGCGGUCUUCUACUUUCUGCACCAGCUUGUAUCUGUCAUCUUCUACAAGCUCAGAGGCCCAUCGGCAGCUUGGAAACUUACCUUUCCUCCCUCAUCCAUUGAAGACUGAGAAACCUGUUUCUGAUGUUGAUUCGACAAAAUCUCCAUCACAGCAAACUCUAGACUUGAACACUCAAUUCGCUGAUGAGCAUUCUGAGUACAUCAUGGACUUUCUUACUACCGCGGGAGAAGCUUCAGAUGGUAGCUUUCAUGGUGUAAAUUAUGCAAGCGACAGUUUAACAUUCAAUGAACAGUUGGACCUUCAAUUUUUGUCCGACGAGCUUGACAUGGCUAUAACAGACAACGGAGAAAAUCCGAGAGUUGAUGAAAUAUAUGAGGCACCUAAAGUUUCUACUACCCCAUCGGUCGAAAUGACAAGCACCCAGAGCAAUCUUCAGCCUUUGGCUCUACCUAUUGCUGUCCAGAGUCCUUCAGGUGAACCCAGUCCCGGGGCUGCAGCUGCUGCACACAAGCCAAGAAUGAGGUGGACACCUGAGCUCCAUGAACGUUUCAUAGAAGCGGUCAAAAAGCUUGAUGGGGCAGAAAAGGCAACUCCUAAGGGUAUAUUGAAACGUAUGGGUGUUGAGGGUUUGACAAUUUAUCAUGUGAAAAGCCACUUGCAGAAAUACCGACUUGCCAAAUACAUGCCAGAGAUAAAAGAAGAGAAAAAGACUUCCUCUUGUGAGGAAAAAGAAAGGAAAGCAUCAUUAAGCAGCAGCGCAAGUGAUGGACUGAAAAGGGGAAUGCAUCUCACUGAUGCCCUGCGCAUGCAAAUGGAGGUUCAGAAACAACUCCAUGAACAGCUAGAGGUGCAAAGGUCCCUUCAGAUACGUAUAGAGGAACACGCGAGAUACCUACAAAAGAUUGUGGAAGAGCAGGAGAAAGUUGGGAAAGGCUUCAUGCCAGCUACAGGUUUCAAAGGGUCCUCGUCAACUGACACUCAAACACCGACAGAGGAUCCUCAUCAGCACUCCGAGCAACAAUCUGAUGUGGCUGCUGCGGUGCCUCCACACUCCGAGUCCGUAACAGAGUCAUCCUCAUCAUCUCUCCCCUCUAAGAAACAAGACUCUGAGAAUUGUAUCGAGACUGAGCAGCAACAGCAGUUAUCAGGUCAUAAACGAACCCGUGAAGAAGCGAAACUACCAGAAGUAUCUUCAGAGAAUCCUGCCACUGAAAACCCUGCAGACAGCCAAUAAAAGUAGAAGUAAUCUGCACAAGAAAAUCAAGUAUCGAUCAUUACUCAUUUUUCUUGCCUCGGUUGCCGUUUUCCAAAUUGUUGAGCUUCUGUAAUGUAUGUACAGUUAAGAAAUGAAAAAAAAAAAGUAGAGUAGAGUAGAAGCUUGUUGUGUUUGUAGGAAAGAUUAGACAUCGGUUCCUGAAAGAAUGUGGGAAUAGGAGAGUCUUACGUUGUUAGUAGUAUAUGUUAGAUUAGUUCGAAUGAGCGUUAGAUUGAGCUUAGGCAACAGCCAUCCGUUUUGACUCUCCUAGUUGUUUGUUGUUGUAACUUUGAUGACUGAUGUAUAUAUAAAUCAUUUCUUUAGACUC